UUUAAGUAAUAUGAAUAUGGUAGGAUCACUGUCUAUAUUUAAUUAUAACAAUGUAUACAUUUCAUUAAGGAUUAUUUAGCAUAAUAUGAAGAGCGUUGAAUUAAUAAUAAUUUUUAAUCACCAACAAUUGAAAAUAAUUAUUGGUGACGUAAUAGCCUAAUGGGUAAUAUAAAAUAAUUCAUGUAGUGCGUGUAAUUUGUGAUUAAAUUAUCAUUAAUUAUGACACGAAUAUACAUAUAGGAUGUAUGUUGGGUUGUAUAUAGGCAACAGGGGUACACUAGGGAGUAUUUUGGGUUGUAUAACAUUUUUCCAUCAUUUGCAGUUACUUAAUACGCUAAUUCAAAAUAUUACUUAUAAAUUAAAAAUUUGCUUGAUUUCUCUAUUUCGGAAGUUUUGCAACACUCAGUUUAAAUUACAGUGAAAAGUUUAAUACUAACUUGCAAAAUUUCAAAAAGAAGAGUAAAACGAAAUGAUUAACUAUAUACUUAAUAUGCAAGUAAAUCGCAAACUAAAAUAAUUAAUACCGAUUUGGAAAAUGAAACCACAAACUGGGCUUAUGCUUCAUGUUUUUUAAAAUUGUAUAAAUUGUUAUAGUUUUGCAUUUCUUAGAUAAUUUGUAUACUAGAUUUUGUACUAAAAUGAUAUUUUGAAUGAUACUUUUGAAAUUGAAGUUUUCUGGCGUAGUCCGAUCCUGUAUGAAAUAAACGCAACUACCCCUAUCUGACCUAACAACAAGGGGUUACAAGGUUGGCUUCCUGUUAAAAUGCAAAUGUAUUCAUACAGGUGGUCCGACGAAAAUGUUAAGGUCAGCUUGUAUGAUAACGGGUAAUUUCCGUAUCCGAAAGGGAAAUUUGUCGCACUGCGUUAAUGAUUUUCUACCUUUUAUCAUUUAUCUUGGUGUCUGUUGGUGACAGUCACAUGAAAGUCAACCACAACAUUGUCAAAUUGUCCCCAUACGUGUGCUAAUAUAUCAUGCUAUACAGAGUACUCCACCUUUUAUUGUCUUCAUAUUUAAACAUAAAAGAUUCGUACCACAUUUUUAUUCUUUCUUAAAUACCGUCGAGUUAUUAUUAUUAAUUUAUUAAACAUCAGUGCCUAUUAUUUUUCUGAGGAUUUUAAUUUAAUUAUCCAUUAAUUAAUUGAAUAAAGGUAAAGUAAAGCUUCAAUACUUGACAUACAUUCUAAAAGAGAUAGAUAUUAUCAUAUAUCAUACUGAUGGCAAGAAAAAGACUUAAGUAAAUUAAUCAUUGAUUUACGUGUACAAAUAAAUUACACUACUAAUGGAUAAGUUAUUAAUGGCAAUGCGAAUACCGCCAGUUACAACAUAAUUGUGCAAUCCAAUAAAGCAUUUCCAGUUUGCAUUUGUGAUGUUAUUUACAGUUUUUUUUUUAUUCCACCCCUGACUUCUUCCAAAUCUUAUUUUAAUUUCUAAGCUAUAUUUCCCCCAAUUUUUAUACGUUCUUUAAAAGGGGAGAGUUGAGGAAUUUCCCCAAAUUAAACAGUUGCUGAUUAGAUCUUGACGUGAAGUAAUUCGUAUGUUAAUAUUUAGCAUUCAUGUUAAUAUUAUAAUAAAUUUACAAAUGCUUUUGCGAUCCAAUACACGAUGUAUUAAUUAAGGGAAAAAUGGCUUAAAUAAAAAAUAUUAAUCUGAAGGAAAAUUGCAUCAGCAAUUUCAUCGAGUUUUACAAGCUCUUAUUGCCGAUUAAAAGGAAGACAAACUAAUUUUAUUUCAAUUAAUUUUUUAUCCAUUAAUAAAUAGAAUACUUUGUAUAUAUAGUAUGUUUGUAUGAACAACUUAAGUGCAAUCAUUGUUUGUAUAGUACAUACAGAAGUAAAUUAGAAAAUCCAUCCGAUUCAAUGUACCUAUGUAAACUAAGUUCAAUCAGUGACGUAUUCAGCGGUUAAAGUUUUUCAGUUAAAUAUUUUUUUAAUCAAAAAAAUUUGUAGCAUGCUUUUAUGUUUUAUGUGCACUUCUGAUGAAACCGGAGACAAUAGUUAAGUUAAAAGCGAUACAAUUUAUGAAAAUUACAUCAAAAUUACAUUUUAUUGCUAUGGUCAAGUAAAUAAACAAUGUUAUGGCUGAACUUCUUAAAAUUGUUCUGGCAAUAAGUUUAAUUUUCAUUGAACAAGUGUAAUAGGUAUAGAUUUAAACUCUGAAUCCACCCCUGUACUUAUUACACAGGCUAUUAUUUCAAAAAGCUUUCCCGUUUGAAAGACAUGCGCUUAUAUUAACCGCGAGUUCUUAUAAGCACGAAGACUAGGCAGUGUGUAAAAAAUUGUUAGGAGAAAAAUAGCCACUAAAACUAAUAGCACAAAUUUCUCCCUUAAAUGGAGAACGAUUUGAAAUCAAAAGCUGCGUCGAAAGACGCUGAAAUUAUAACGCCGAAUUAUACAAAAUUGUCAGAAAAUUUGAGAAAAAUUACACCUCAAAGGUUGCAAUGUAGCAUAUUUUGCGGAGGUUCACACUGCAAAUAUGAGAAUCCCGAACAUUGGGAUUCAGAUAAUUUAAUCAUCGAUGGCAUAUUCAGUAAUUGGAUAACCGAGGAUAUUUUAGCGAUGGCACGUCCUAGUACUUCCUUAGUAAUACAAAAGAACGUUAUUCAACAGUUUCAUCGUUUAGGUAUUAAAUCUAUAAUAAAUUUGCAAUGUCCUGGAGAGCAUUCAAGCUGCGGAAAACCUUUGGAAGAUUCGGGAUUUACGUAUGAUCCUAGCGUUUUUAUGAAAAAUGAUAUAUAUUAUUACAACUUCGCCUGGGAAGAUUACGGUGACAUUGGAUUAUCUGCAUUGAUUAACAUGGUUAAAGUUUUAGCCUUUGCAAUCACUGAAGGGCGUGUUGCAAUUCAUUGUCACGCUGGUUUAGGUCGAACGGGGGUGUUAAUAGCCAGCUACUUGGUUUAUUCCUUAAGAGUAAAUGCUAACGAGGCCAUUAAAUAUGUUCGGCUUAAAAGGCCAGGAUCGGUACAGACCAGAGGUCAAAUUAUUUCUGUACGCCAUUUCGCACAGUUUAUUCUGCCACUCACGGUAACAUUUCACGUCAGAGAAAGCAUUAUUAAGGAAAAGUAUAUGAAUCCUUUUACAGUUCAAAGGUACUUAUACAGACAAAAAAUUGUUUUGCAUGGUUAUCAAGAACGAAAAUUUAAAUAUUUCCCAAUGAUAAUUCAUAUAAUUUGCGAGAGGAUUUUACAACUUUGUAACAGAAAAACAUUAGAAUUCGACUCGUUAGAAAAUCAUUUAACAAUAAACUUCUUGUGUGAAAGAAAUAAUGAGAACAUUAAAAGGCAUGAGAGUAUUUUUAGCGUUAAAAGUGCCCUUACAGAUUCUGAACUUUCCAGUUCCGUGAGUUCGAAUGAAAUGUUCGAUAUUAACAACGAUCUCCCUGCUGGUGCGUCAUGUAGUGAGACCGAAAAGGAAAAUGAUACACCUAAACACAGUGUUUCAUUUAAUGAUUUUACUAGUCUUGAUGAAAAUUCUGCCGAGUUAUUACCAAUAGACAAAAUUUUUGAAGAAACGCAUAAGCAGAUCCUCGAGAACGAAGUUGUCGAAAGCUUUUUAACAACCGAUGAAAUUGUUGAAAGCUUGCUAAUGGAUUUUUCAAAGACUUCCGAAGAAUUUAAAAGCUACGUAGUUAAAGUGAAAAAAUAUGUCAACUCUUACCAGCACGGUUAUUGCAGAAUAGUUCACGAAAUUGACCCUAAAGUUCUUGCAUGUUUAUUAUUCGACUGGUUAGAAGAUUUAAAAAGUCCGAUACUCAAUCAAGAUGAACUAGAAAAAAUAGUGAUCAAUUACUGUCAACCUGAAAAAUGUUUGAAACUACUAGCAAUGGAGCAUGGAUUUAUUAUCGAGUAUUUACUACGGUUUAUCAAAAAAGUUUACCCACUGAAUGACGAUAUUCAGAAAAAAAUAUUUAAACGAAUAACAGCCGCUUUGGGCCACCAAGCGGUUUCUUUUGAUGAUAAAAUUUUACCAGCUGAAAAAGGUUUUCGUAAAAUGCGCGAUGGGACCUUAAACUGCAUUUUGCAGCUUUACGAGUCACUUCUGGAUAUUAUUGCUACAUAAAUCAAUAAUUUUCUUUUUUUUUCGGCUGUGAAUGUUUUC